CCCCUAUGAUGAAAAUUAAGGUUAUUAAAUCCUGAAGCCAGAUGAUAUAAGAGCUCCAGAAAUUUUGCCUGGGACCACUGGAGACGCUGAAGAAGGCAGGGUUCUCAAAGCCUCGGGGCCAACCAGAUCUAGGAAAAUCUAGGAGUUGCAAAGAAAAAUUAACAAGGACUCUGAGAUUCUUGGAGUUGAAGUAUCGAAAGUACUGUCCUUAGGGGAAGAGGAAGAAUGGCAUCCAGAAGUAUGCGACUUCUCCUGCUGCUGAGCUGUGUGCUCAGCCCUGAAGUCCUAGGUGAUAUCAUCAUGAGACCCAGCUGUGCUACCGGAUGGUUUUACUACAGGUCCAAUUGCUAUGGAUACUUCCGGAAGCUGAGAAACUGGUCUGAUGCUGAGCUUGAGUGUCAGUCUUAUGGAAACGGAGCCCACUUGGCAUCUAUCCUGAAUCUAAAGGAAGCCAGCGUCAUAGCAGAGUACAUACUCGGCUAUCAAAGAACCCAGCCUGUAUGGAUUGGCCUGCAUGACCCACAGAAGGUAACCCCAGACAUGGCUCACAAAUGCCUUUUGAAAAAGCCAGGAAGAUAG